GACACAGACAGUAGCCAAGUCUGGGAGCAGGACCAAGAGAGAAACACCGAGAGAGAGUGAGAGAGAGUGAGAGAGAGAGAGAGAGAGAGGUAAACAGCCACAGCAAGACUGCGCUGGAAAGCAUAAACCAGGACAAUUCUCCCUUUUCUCUCUCUCUCGUGAGCCAUGCGUGCAUCUGUGUGUGAGCACCCGCGCUGGUGACGCUGGAGAGUUGCUGUGCGUGGUGUGUGGGAGUGCUCACUCCUGACAGGAGUUGUGGGGGGAAUCUGUCCACAGCGCUUGAGCUUGGGAUCGGAGAUCUGUGCUCUGUGGAAGCCCUUCUUUCAGCUUGCUACUGAGUGUGUGAAUGUGUGUGUACGUGUGUGUGUUUUUCUGUUCGAGCUUGAUCGGCUUCCUGCACACGCUUGACAAUGAGAUUAGACCUGCACAGUGAUUUUUCCGACGGAGUUUUCUCAUCGUGCCAGAGCUGAUCUCUCGCGUGCUGCUGAGCUGCACCUGGAGCGUGCACACCUGGCUGUGAGCCUUCCAAGUGAACGAGCCAAGCGGAUGACAACAACUCCAAACCAAAAACACAAACAUUUAAAGUCUUUACCUCUUUACCAAAGGAUAUUUUUCUGAUUUUUGAUUCCUGCCAAAAACAAACAAGAUUUCUCCACUGAACUGUGGGGAGAAAACUCUAGAUUGCAACUGGAGAAAACAAGACACCAACUAACUACAUGAGAGGUUUAGAGGACAGAGAGGCUUAUCACUGACCUUCCACCUUCAGCCGUGAUCCAAACAAAUUACUAUUUCCCUGCCCUCCCACCUUCUCUUCAUCUGCUGACUUUCAGGAGGCGUCCUGAUGAGAGGAUGCAGCAGAGAACCAGCGUGAGACCAAGCCCUACGUGAACAGUGCCCCCCCUCCCUCCUCCUCCCCUCCUUCCUUCACCUCUCACUCAUCCGUCCAGCUCACGUAGCCCCCCCCCCCCCCUUCCCUCCCCCACCACCACUGUCCCAGCAUGCACUGCCCGUGUCGAGGGAAGCUGAAGCUCCUGGUGGUGUCUCUGAGCUUUGUGAUUCUGCUGACCUGGCUCUACCUGCUGGUGGGCAACCUGGAGAACGGGCGCGCUCUGCUGCUCUCUCCCUGCCUGGUAGACUCCACCGAGGCCCAGGUGCUGGAGAGGGAGGUUCUGGCCUCGCGCGUCAGAGAGGUGGAGGAGGAGAACCGGCAGAUCCGCCUCCAGCUCAGCCAAUCGCAGGGCCUGGCCGCUGCCUCUGCCGGACAGCAGCCUCCCGAGGGUAACUAUGGGAACCAGCAGUGGGUGGCAUCAGCCGACACAGGGCCGGAGGACGUGGAGAACACAGCCGAGGAGAAAGCUAAUCAUAGCGAUUGUGCCCGGUCGCCCACAGUGGAGAAGUGUGAGCUGAUCCAUGUUGCAUGUGUGUGUGCAGGACACAAUGCAAGUCGAGAUGUUGUCACCCUUGUCAAAUCCAUCCUGUUCCAUAGGAGGAACCCUCUGCACUUUCAUUUCAUCACAGAUACGGUGGCCAAUCAGAUCCUGAGCGCCCUGUUCCAGUCCUGGAUGGUUCCGUCCGUGCAAGUCAGCUUCUAUGAUGCUGAUGAACUCAAGUCCGAGGUGUCAUGGAUACCAAACAAACACUAUUCAGGAAUUUACGGCCUGAUGAAGCUGACCCUUACCAAAGCCCUGCCCUCUGACCUCUCCAAGGUCAUCGUCCUGGAUACAGACAUCACCUUUGCCACUGAUAUAGCGGAGCUGUGGGCCAUCUUCAGGAAGUUCACAGAGAAGCAGGUGAUUGGUCUGGUGGAGAACCAGAGUGACUGGUACCUGGGCAACCUGUGGAAGAACCACAAGCCGUGGCCUGCACUAGGGAGAGGUUUCAACACAGGAGUCAUUCUGCUGUAUUUGGAGAAGCUGCGUCGGAUUGGCUGGGAGCAGAUGUGGCGCCUGACAGCCGAGCGCGAGCUAAUGAACAUGCUCUCCACCUCGCUCGCUGACCAGGACAUCUUUAAUGCAUUCAUAAAGCAGAAUCCUGUGCUGGUGCACCAGCUCCCAUGCUUCUGGAACGUCCAGCUGUCAGACCACACACGCUCGGAGCAGUGCUACACAGAGGUGUCGGAUCUGAAGGUGAUCCACUGGAACUCUCCCAAGAAGCUGCGGGUAAAGAACAAACACGUGGAGUUUUUCCGUAACCUUUACCUGACGUUCCUGGAGUAUGAUGGGAAUCUUCUUCGCCGGGAGCUCUUUGGCUGUCCAGCCCAGGCCAGUUCUGAGAGCACACAGCUACAGGGAGCUCUGGAGGAGCUUGAUGAGGAUGACCAGUGCUAUGAGUUCCGACGAGAGCGAAUCACAUUGCACCGUGUUCACCUCUACUUCCUACAGUAUGAAUACACACCAAGCAGUGACAACACUGACGUGACUCUGGUGGCUCAGCUCUCAAUGGACAGACUUCAAAUGCUGGAGGCGAUCUGUAAGCACUGGGAGGGCCCCAUUAGUCUGGCGCUCUACAUGUCGGAUGCCGAGGCACAGCAGUUCCUGCGCUACGCACAGGCCUCCGAGGUGCUCAAGAACCGCAAGAACAUCGGAUACCACAUUGUCUACAAAGAGGGGCAGUUCUACCCGGUCAACCUAGUGCGCAACGUGGCCCUGCACAAUGCCAACACACCGUAUGUGUUUCUGACAGAUGUGGACUUCCUACCGAUGUAUGGCCUCUAUGAAUACCUCAGAAAGUCCAUAGUUCAGCUGGACAUGGCCAACACUAAGAAGGCUUUGGUGGUGCCUGCGUUUGAGACGCUGCGCUAUCGGCUCUCCUUCCCCAAGUCCAAAGCAGAACUUCUCUCCAUGCUGGACAUGGGGACUCUCUACACCUUCAGGUACCAUGUUUGGACCAAAGGCCAUGCUCCGACUAACUAUGCUAAAUGGCGGACCGCCACCACACCUUACAAGGUAGACUGGGAACCAGACUUUGAGCCCUAUGUGGUGGUCCGAAGAGAUUGUCCAGAGUAUGAUCAGAGAUUUGUGGGCUUUGGCUGGAACAAAGUGUCACACAUUAUGGAGCUUGAUGCCCAGGAAUAUGACUUGGUUGUGCUACCAAAUGCCUUCAUGAUCCACAUGCCCCAUGCUCCAAGUUUUGACAUUUCAAAGUUCCGAUCCAGUCCAAGUUACCGAUACUGUCUGAACACGCUCAAGGAUGAGUUCCACCAGGACCUUUCUAGAAAGUAUGGCUCUGCUGCACUUAAGUACCUCACAGCCCAGAGAAACAUCUGAAACCAGUCACUGAUGGACCUCACCGUGUAAAAGGCCAAAGGCCAGUCCCAGAGGACCCCUUGGUCCAAAUGCUGCUCUGAGAGAGAGAGAGGCGGGGGGGGGGGGGGGGGGAGAUUGGUGUCCAGAUUGGUGUCCACAGGACACUGCUGACUGGAAUCACCCCAUCAACUGAGUGAUCAAUCGAGUGAUUGUGCAGAUUGUAUGCUUAUUUUAUGCUGGUUUUUGAGAGAGUUAAUAGGUAUGGUGAUGGAAUCACACAACCUUACCAUGACCCUAAAACCACAUUUAUGGAUUGACCUCAUCCAAGGACAAUUAUAUGCUUUUAUUUUUAAAGCAGUGGACAAAGAGUUAUAUAUAAAUAUAUACAAGAGAGGAUUAACACUAUGUGUGGUCAACCACAUUCUAUUAAAGGAGACAAUGAAUUUAAUCAAGACAAGACAUCGCUGACAAUCAAUCAGGGCUUUUCCAUUGAAAAGUGGCUCCAACUCAGCCAGAUGUGAUGGUGAAGAUGGUAUCAGGCAAUAUCAGUUCAGAGGUAUGAAGCUGUGGACAAAUGAAGAGUCUCCCCGGACUACUGAUGGACUUCACAGUGAAAGAGGCCAGUGGGACAGAGGAAACGUUUAAGCCUUACUUUGUCAAUAUUUAGAAUAUUUAAAGCAGCUUUUGUUUUUGUUUUGGGUGUACAUGAUCAACAAAAAAGAAAAGAAAUAUAUGUUUUGAUUAUGAUGUUAACUGGAAAAUCACAGUUUUCUUUUCACUUCUUCAUUUUAAUCCCCUUGCAGGAAAGUAUCUUUUUCCCUGAAGAGAAGCAAUGCCCAUUGAGGUUUCCUGAUAGACUCUAAAAAAUGCUGGUGGUACAUUCUUCUAUUCAGUAAAACUGGCAUGACUAAUCGUCCGGGCACAUUUAAUAUUACUGUAAUUCACUAACCAACACUGCUGCUUUGCAUAUCAAGGCAUGCUUACCAACCUGUCCAAUACCACAGUGCUACUGACUAUGCUUAUGUGAGUCUCUCCUCCUGUCAUUCCGCUCUGUGGAGGUCAAUGUCUGGCACGCUUCUUACACCACAGGAUUGUCUGUCACCAGAGAGAUCAUUUAAUGAUCUGUUUUCAAGGGGGUUAGAGAUCUGAUUUGGGACCAUUGAGUUUUGAGAAUGAUGGGUAUUAAUUAAUCUCAGAUUGUAAAUUGCAGUCCUAAAGGAGCUGAAAUCCUCCCUGAUGGCCUGUUAUGUGCCAAGUCCAAAUCUGACUAAGUGUGCCAUGUACUUCAGCUAGCCCCCAUUUACACUCAUACACCUACAGGCUCUCAACAAUGCAAAACCAUUAAAUUUACUAUACAAUCUUCAUUUCAACGUGUCAAAUAUGUCUUAUGAGGGACAAAUCUCAGUAUCUCCUAUGUAUUGGGACAACGCCUACAGUAUGUACAGCCCGAGGUCUAUUGUGUAAACACCAAUUUACUAUUCCUUAUUUACCACUGAACAUGUAUAUGGCUCCCAUCUCAGCCUCAGUUAACCCCUUUGACACCACAUAUAUUCCUUCCCAGUGGACUGUGCAGAUUUGCGGUAAAUGCUAGUGCCUUUGCUGUAUUGUGAAACUGGAUAUUGAUUGUACUGCUGUACGCAACGGUGGGGCCUGCAAGACCACAGGCACUAUAUUUAUUAUUGUUGACUUAAAUCAAUCAUAUUUUUCUAUGUAGGGUACAAAGUGCUUUAAAUAAAUUUGCCCUUUUUUUCUA